UAACCUAACCACCUCUUUUCCCCCAAUCACUCUCAGGUGAAGGACAUCUCACUGGAGGCUACAGGAGCUUUGUGAAGCCAGCGGGACACAAUACAUGGAGAGAUGACCAACCAAUCACUGUUGAUGAGGGGAGUGAAACCUCAAGCCAGCACGUAAUCGUGAUAGAGUCUGAAGAUGCAGAGGCUGCAGGUCCUGGAGAAUCGUCUCUGGUCAAGCAGGAGGGGUCUGAAGGAGAAGAGGACCCAUGGCACAGCAGAGACAUCCAGACUGGAGCAGCAUCUGGAGUGCCCCCUGUAGCCACGGAGGACCCCACAUCACUUACCCAGUCCAGGAUCCGACACCGCAUCACGGAGGUCAGUGGAAUGCCGAACUCCGCCCUCAAGUCAGAGACCGACACCAAGACAUUAACUGAAACACACAGGCUAUUACACACAGGAACUGACCACAGAUCAGACCCAGAGAGACUGGGGCUGGGGCCACUCGGCUGUCCUCCUGCUCCCGGUUCCGAAUACUUAACGGUAUUUCACCAGAGCCAGAAGACGGUUCAUUCCCGUGAAGAUGGUAAUGCGUUAGAAACUGGCGUUGAGGAUCCGUCUUGUUCUUACUCUACAGAGAUGGACCCUGGCAAUAUAUCCUUGGGAUUAGAGACGCAAACUAAUCUGUCUAGAGGGGACUGGAACCGGUACAGUAGUAGUGUGUUCUCUGAAGGGUGCCUAGAUAAGAAAGGGGAGGUUAUAGUCAUUGAUGAAGUGACUGUGAAAGUGGAGGGUGACGCUCCUCCCACAUGGAAUGUGGAUAGUCACCUAGGUGACGGACACUCACAAGGCAGAGACUUCUUAGAUUACAGGGAAAGCUUAGAGACAAUUCCAAAUGACGUGACCCACUCCCCUUUACACACGCUCAGGGAUCGGGACCCAGUGUCCACAUCGAUGGGACCUUCCGAUUCACACAACCUUUUCGAUCAGGUAUUGAACUCAAACGACAGCGCUAGAGCCCAGGCUCAGGGAGGGGGAGCAACAUCAGACAGUAGUAAAGAGAAACGGUUCCUCUGCAUGUUCUGUAGCAAAGGCUUCAGCUGUCCUCAAAAGGUGGAGAUUCACCAGAGAUUCCACACAGGGGUGAAACCCUUCAGCUGUAACCAGUGUCACAUGUGCUUUGCCCAGUCUGGUGACCUGAAGAGGCACCAGAGGGUCCACACAGGGGAGAAACCCUACAGCUGCCCACAGUGUGAGAAGAGGUUCUCCCGCCUGGACAAGCUGAAGAUGCACCUGAAAGUCCACACGGGAGAGAGGCCGUUCGCCUGUACGCACUGCAGGAAGAGGUUCUCAGAGAGGAGCUACCUCAGGAUACACCAGCAGAAAAACCAUUCCACUCUAUAACAUAGAAGGAGGAGGAGGGACCAGAGGUGCUACUGGUGAAGGAGGAGGGCUGUGAGAAGGGUUUGGGGAACCCUGAGGGGACCAUGUUCAUGGAGGACAACCAGACUACACCUCCUCCUGAACCCACAGAGGAACCAGCUGAGCAGCACUGGACCACAUACAGUCUCACUGAGGAUUUUCUAUUUCAAGCCCAAAUAUGUCAUACUUUGACAAAAAUGAGGACCUAUUGAUGAAAAUCGUUGUACAACAUCAUGGUAAGCUCUGGCCAUCGUAUUUCAGCAAAAAAAAAAAAAAUCUGCUUUUGUGGAUCUGUAAGUGUGGGACCAUGUCUUUGAAUUAUCAAACGAUUAAAGAAUUUCAAAUAAUCAAAUCAAUGUACACGUUGCAUAGUAUGAAAUCAACUAACAUGUUUGCAUAGCACUCAUAGCAAUCCCUCACUGCCCAAUGAGAAGAUGCUCCAUAGCAGGAUGCUUAUAUCAGAUUUCUUGAUCCAACAUCCUCUCACUCUGUAUCUCUCGCAGUCAGUAGACAUGGAGGAUGGGAAGCCUGAUCUGCUGCUAGUCAAAAAAUACAUGAUCUAAGAUUGAUAUUUGGUAUUAAUCCGUCAUAAAAGUGUAAGUAAUCGCUCAGCACUACCCACCAGCACCACCUGCAAGGGGCACCAGAGAGUCCACUCAUGGGAAAAACCCUACAGCUGCCCCCAGUGUGAGGAGAGUAUCUCUCGCCAGGACCAGCUGAAGAUGCACCUGAAUGUCCACUUGGGAGAGAGGAGCUACCUCAGGAUACAUCAGCAGAAAAUGCACAAGAACCAUGUAUAGAGAGUAAUUUGACAUGUAAUGUAGUACUAGUUAGUUUGUAGUUAAUUCUGUUGGUUUUGGAUGUAGUAGGGAACUGGAUGAGGUGAACUGAGGAAGGAAUGAGUAUGAUGAGGCAGAGUAGAUGAUAUGGUGAUGGUUGGUGUGAUGGUGUCUGUAAAAAUGCUUCACUGAUGAAGAGUGACAACCUUGUCCUGUUUGAUGCUGGUGUUUUAUAAUGAGGAAAUGAUAGUGCCUUAAUUCAUGUUUACUUGACAGGAAGUUAAGAUAAAGAACGAUAGAGAUAAGAACAUAAAGAUGUGUGUAAUGUUGAACCUUUUCCAAAGUAUUCUAAAGUGUAUUUUAUCAAAGCGAGAGUAUUUUUUUACAAUUAAACUCCAAUGGCUGCAUAUUGUUAGGUACUUGAAUCACAGUCAUAGAGGUGGCCUUGACUGUGGUUAACAUUUUAUAAUAUCAUGUCAUGUUUCUGUGUACAACAUAGAGUUUCUUAUAUAAACCUUUAUGCUUUUCUGAAAUUGGCUGGUCACAACCCUGGCCCCGGAUCAGAACCCUGUAUCAGGAGCAAUCGCUCUUCCUUCCUGAGUCACAACCAGGACCGAACCACAAGGGACAGAGACUCCACCACCACACAGACCACAACCAGUGGACAGGUGGACUGAACAACCUCAGUCCUGGUGGUCAUCAGAGAGUGUUGGAGAAAACCAUUAAGGAGAACUCAGCAUUAAUUAUAGAUAGGUUUAGUUGCUAGGCUGAAGUAGCAAGGACAUGCACAUUAAGAGAAGAUGACACCCAGACCAUAUGACACCCAGGCUAUACUCUAUUUUUGAAAGAGUACAUUAACCAAGACCACACGUACAUUUAUGACAGCUGGACGUAUUAUGGUCAGCAGGAUACAGGAAGAAAGAUGGAAGCAAGAUAACUGAUGACUAACACGUAAAACAUAAGCAUGCAAUGCAUAGAUUAUUUUAGGACGUGAAGAGGGUUCUGUCAUCGUUAUAACCUAACCAAAAGCAGAUAUGAGCGUUAGUGGGCGUGAACAAGCAAGCUCUGAGAUGAAAAUAUAAUCAUAGAGAAAAGUCAAGGGAAGCUAUUUUCAUAUAGAUGGAGGGGACUCUAUACGUUAUGCAAAGACAGAAUCCUAUAAAGGCAGGACUCUGUAAUAUGAGAAUUUAGUCUCUUUCCAUGGAGGGGCUCGGCUUUGCUACUUUGUAUUAAAGUCUUUAUUGAAUUCACAA